AUGACAGAGUCGUAUAACGAACAGAAAUGCGUGAUCAUUAGACUCCGCUCAAAGGAGUUCGAUAAUGGAAAGCCAGAUGUCAUUAUUGAGAUUUUCCAUGCCUUCUUGGAGUUUUUUGGCUACAGGAACAACGACGUUUUGCAGGACAAGCAUUUCGUUCAUUAUGAACUACCCCAAAUUCCUCCUAGGAGACACUUCUACGUUGUACUCGAUAUGAAUUAUAAGAAAGGCAUUCCUGACCUUGACUAUAUUCAAUUUGAAGUUUACAAAGCUAGUUGCAAACUCCUAAUUGACAUGUCGCAGUACCUUUGA